AUGUCGUUCCCCAACGCCAUGGGCUCCCAGGGCGGCGGCCCCUGGGGGCAGUACCAUUCCCAUGGCCUUCCACCGCCAGCACAACCUCCUCAAGAGGCCGAGGGCGCGCAGAUGCGGCCCAUGGGACUCAAGGUCAGCUACACCUUCGAGAGGGAUCAACAAAACUGCCUAGCACGCUGGCCCCACGUUCUGCAAAUACAAACAGCACCCAUCGACGAGAGGACCACGAUCGGCGUUGUCGACUUGAGAAUAUGUUUACAGGCUGUUGCCCAGUGCAGCCCCGAGAUCGUCAACCAGCCUGAUAAAGAUUAUGCCGUCUACGCCUUGGACUACUCCGAAGACGAUGUCCCACUGGUUGGACAGGGAAUGCUGUCGUGGGGCCUCGACCAGGCGGUAGCCAACCCUGAGCAGAAGCUGGUCACCGGACGCGUCACCAAGAACAUGCUUGCCAUAUUUGGCAACGGCGUCAAGGAGACAUUGGAGGUCAAGCUAAAGCUCAACUCCGUUCCCAGAAUGCAGCGGCCACAAACUUCACACAACUCUGAGGUUCAACGAGGCUAUGGAAGUAACGCUCCGACGCCUACGCCAACUGACACGGCCAGUGAAUGGUCGUCUUUCAUUCAGUCAAACCCCGGUUUUGGCCGUCCCGCGAGUGGUCCUUCGGCGCCCAGCCCAAACCUCGCUCCUGCAAGAUUUGGCACGCCCGUUCAAGUGCCCAGCCCGGCUCCAGAUGUACGUCCAGAUAAUUUUGCACCGCUGCCUGCAGCACCAACGCCUCCACCCACGAGUGUCGCAGGGUCUCAGCCUACGGCACCUAUGUCCUCGUUCGGCCCAGCUCCAUCAUCCCAGGGCCCGGCUCCAGAAAAUGCAUCUACUACAUCCAAAGGCAAUGGGAAUGGGGCACCCGCACCAGCAAAGAAACCUAAACGGUCGUCGUCAAAGGCACCCAGCAAGAAGAAAACGGGAAACCCUAGAGGCAGGCCUCCCAAGCACCCGAGACAGGAUGGUGGCGACACGUCUGCUAUCGAAGACGCGACCGAUGGAGACGAGCCCUCCAAAAAGAAAAGGGCAAAGACUACUAAGGCCGACUGGCCCAAGGGCGCUCCAUUGGACUCCGCCCCUGGAUCCUUGCGAGUCGCUGCUAGUACCUCAGGUUCCUUGCGUACCAUGAGGCCUGCUGCGUCCGGCAGCAGUGGAGUCGGAGGAAGCCACCUCCAAGAGGUCCCUCGCGCACCAACACCUGUACCCGGCCAAGCGCCCCCUCGUCCGCUUUCCAAGCCAUUGUCCCAGGCACAGUCAAGGAGACCAUCCGUCCUGGGCUAUGAUGGGUCUACCAGAUACCAAGUCUUUGAUGGUGGUAUACCCGGACCACCAGCUCAAGAUGCCCGGUCACCCUCCGAGUCCGUCGCUCAGUCACCUCACCAGGUUUACACACCAGAGGAGAGCCCUGCGGAUAUCGGUUCUAGUCCUCCGGUACCAAGAUCAGCUCAUUCCAUGCGGUCUAGCCCGCCGCUUUCGAGUCCUGUUCUGCCACCGAUGCCAAUGCCUCAACCAGAUUCUGGUUUUAUGAGUGGAGGAUUUGACUCGAUAGCCGAUUACGACGAUAUGCCCUUGGCAACUUCGAUGCCUCCGAGGUCAGAGGACCCCGGCGUUACAGAAGCCCUACGUCCGGUCCCCCAAAACAGGUCUAAAGCAGCCUCGAAGCCGGGGACCAUGAUUAUUGAGCAAGUGUGUCCUGGACCUCCGGAGUUGCUUCCAAAGAAGAGCAUCUACAAGCCCAAAGCCACCUCACAAGCACUCAGUAAAAAGUCUCGAGGAACCGGUACGAAGGCAGUAGCGUAUCCGUUGAAGAGAGCAAAUACUGAGCCAAAUCUUCAACGACAGGAAACGCCCGUUGAACCAACUGGCCCGCCGCCAGUACCCCAACUGCCUUUGGAGCUUGAGGCUGCCGAAAAGGAUGGAUCGCAAUCGGAGCCGGCGGUGGAUCCAACGCGAGAGGCAGCACGCGAACCAUCACGAGAGCCAUCGCGUGAGCACACGCUUGAGUCAGCCGGCGAGCAAGUCAGCGAACCAAAGGCCCCUGAACCUGCUCCUCUUCAGUCAAUCGAAGAUACGGAGGAUGGGAUUUUGCGCCUACUGGAUCAGCCACUGGCUGACGGCUUGCCCAUGACCGACGCCGUAGGAGACGCGCAUGAAUUGCCGUCAAUAUCGGAGCCGCCACAAAUCCCCUCUCGUCGACCAUCGACCUCAGAGGCCACCAUACCAGCACCCAAACCGUCUGUUGCGGCCAGUGACCCGGGUUUGCCUGAGCCCUCCAAUGUUUCCUUUUACUCUUUUGACGACGAGGAAGAGCAGGCCCCGUUGAGCAAGAACUUUUCGCGAAAACAGUCGAUCAAGGCAAAACUAGAGAAGGCGAUUGAGGCCGGGCAGAUGCCAACUUUCUGCUCGAAUUGCGGCGCCAUCAGCACACCGACCUGGCGCAAAGUCUUCUCACAACACUGUGAAGGAAGCCCCGAGUUCCCUGUGUUCUCUGACAAGCCUGGUUGUAUUACAGCUAUCAUUAUCACGAAGCGGGACGAGAAUGAGAAGCCCCUGGAAUACCAGGUGAUCAAGAAAGCCCUUGGACCAACUGAGGACAAAGCCAAAUGGAAGGAAGAUAUGCUCUGUAACUCUUGUGGGAUUUGGCUCAGCAAGUUUAAGACUCACCGGCCCGAGGACAGGUGGGAGACGGAUCCGGCCCAGCUUGGUAGACCGCGCAAGAAGAACAAUGGCAAAUCUCGUCCCAAGAAGGCCAAGGCGCAGAAUAAGGGAACGGCAAAUCUGACUUCCGAGGCUUAUUUUACCACGGAUCCGAUCGGUCCUGGUGAUGAGGGUUCGUCGCCAGAAAAUGCUGACGAGGUCAUGCUGUUGCGGGGUCCAACGACCGAACCACCCAGUCGCGAGCGUGGCUCUAAGUCACAAUCGGCUGGCCCAGCGGAUUCUUUCCACUAUUCCGACCGUCAGGGUUCGUCCAAAUCACACGGUAACGGCAUGGCUCAGGGCCCUGCCGCUCCUGAAGAUGAGGAUUUAGGGAGGACCCGCCGACUCUUAUUUCCUUCCCCUAAGAAGGAUGGCCAGCCCAAAGUGCUUGGCGAAGUCGCUAUCAAUGUCGUGAAGACAUCACCGUCCUUCGAGAGGUCAAGGAAAGCGGCAAUCGAGCAGGAGAACAUGUAUUUGGGUAUUGAGGGGGAUCUAAAGCUCCAUGCCACACCGAAGUCCGUUGGCCGUGCCGCGCAAGUUGAUGAUGAUAUGGCGGACUUGUUCGGUACGCCUCCGCGCCCAUCAACGCCCCCUCCCAAGGAGAGGAAGAACGGUCAGUUCAAGACGCCUACGCGACCAACGCCAAGUCAUCGACCCAUAACUAGGAGUGUGUCGAAGUCGAUACGGUCGGCGCGUUCGGUCGCAAAGUCGCCCGGACAUGCCCUCCAUGCUUUGCAACAAACGCCUACCAAGACACCACGAGUGUCGAGUGCCAGAAGGCACAAUGCUCAGCGAUACGAUCUCAACAACCAUUCGACCCAGCACCUACACGCACAUUUCUCCCUCGAUAGUGACAUGGCUAUGUUCAGCGAAGCGCAUGGCCUAUCAACGGCCACGGGCGAAUGCGACUCGCCCUUCUCAUCGACCCUAAAUCAGCUUUUGUCCGAGGCUCAUGACUUCACCACGGGCUCCUCGGCACACGGUCUGGGUGAUUUGGACCUUGCAAGCUUGCCGAACCUGGAUAGCGACGCGGUGCUGUCGGGGCACCUUGAGUCGCUUGAUUUUGGCCAUUUCCUGACGACCGACGCGGUGAUGCCUAGCUCGCCACCGUUGAUCAGCAAGAAUGGUGGAGGGGCACACGCAUCAUUUGGAGCGGCGUCUCAGAUUGGCCUAGACGGUGAGGGCGUCUCGUGGGAGAGCUUCGGGGAGAUAAUGAUGACGAAUGCAGGAGACGACGAGUGA